CGCGCUCUGUGCACGGGCCCCCUCCCCCCCACCCCCGGCAGCUGCUGGAUCCACCAUGAUCCCAGACCCCUAAAAAAAAACAUGACGGUCGGGCUGAUUUCUCCCAUCCCGAGCUCUCGCGCACAUGCUCCUUGAUGCUUCGGCGAGGACGCAGGGGGUGGGAGGACGAUGGGAUGUAGCCGCCGCGGAUAAAUGAAGCCUGUUUUUGACCCCCCCUCCUCCCCGAGAUCCGAACCCGUUUCCAACACCGCCUUCUCGUGCGGCUCGGCCAUGGAGAACCCCGCGGCGGCCGAGCCGCAGAGCUACGAGGACGUCCAGAAGAGCGGGUACCUCCGCAAGCACAAAUCCAUGCACCGGCGCUUCUUCGUGCUGCGCGCGGCCUCGGAGCACGGUCCGGCUCGGCUCGAGUACUACGAGAACGAGAAGAAAUUCCGCAGCAAGUCGCCCGUGCCCAAGAAGGUCCUGAGCCUUGAGACGUGCUUCAACAUCAACAAGCGCGCGGACUCCAAGAACAAGCACAUGAUCGUCCUGUACACGCGCAGCGAGAGCUUCGCCGUGGCCGCGGACAGCGAGGAGGUCCAGAACGAGUGGUACCAAGCCAUGCUGGACCUCCAGUCCAACUGCAAAACUCCUGAAGAUAAUGGCAGCAGUGGAGAGUGCAGUUCUCCGUCUCCUAUCCCGACCUUUAAGGAAGUUUGGCAGGUCAAGGUUUGGCCUAAAGGCCUCGGCCAUGCCAGGAACUUAGUGGGCAUCUACCGGCUAUGUCUAACUGAUAAGACAGUCAACUUUGUCAAACUCAACUCUGAUGUGGCUGCUGUGGUGUUGCAGCUGAUGAACGUUCGCAGGUGUGGCCACUCGGAGAAUUUUUUCUUCAUUGAAGUGGGCCGCUCAGCAAUCACUGGCCCCGGAGAGUUCUGGAUGCAAGUAGACGACUCAGUGGUAGCGCAAAACAUGCAUGAGACCCUGCUGGAGGCCAUGAAGGCCUUAAGUGAGGAAUUUAGACAGCGCAGUAAGUCUCAGUCUGUGGGGACAUCGUGUGGUGGCGGUACAGCUUCAAAUCCCAUCAGUGUCCCAAGUCGGCGUCAUCACUCAAAUCUGCCUCCGAGUCAGGUGGGCUUCUCCAGGCGGGCACGGACUGAGACCCCGGGAACCGGAGGCAGCAGCACGAGCACAUCACCUACAUCACGCCAUGGCUUCCCAAGGGCACGAACGGCAAGCAUUGGAGCCAGGUCAGAGGAAGGAGGAGCAAGUGCCAGGGGGACGUGGGCCAGUUCCAGCCCAAGUCUAAAUGGAUCCUGCUCGACUACUCCAACAUUGAGACCCAAGCCAACCCGUGCUCCGACCCCCGCUAAGAUUACCCUGAGCCUUUCACGCUACACACCUAACCCUGCUCCCUCUCCUGCACCGACUAGUCUGUCAGGACAUCACACCCAUGGAGAGGGCUCCUCUAGCUACAUAGUGAUGGGGCAGCGGGAGGGUGUGUUUGGUUCCCAUCAUCACUCCAAAGGCAGGCGUAUUCUGCGGCGCUCAUCUAGUCGUGAAUCUGAGGCAGAGCGCAGGCUUUUAAGUAAGAGGGCUUCCCUGCCUCUGGCAUCCCAUGAAAGACUAACCCCACAUAGAAAAGAUGAAGAUGAGGAUGAUGAAGAAUAUGCCAUCAUGUCACGUAGUGCCAACAGGGAGAGGGCUGAUUCACGCCAUGGCUCAGGGAAUCCUUCAGUUAGGGGUGGGGAGCAGGAUGUAGUCGUAAAAAACAGGAAGAGGACUGACAAAAGCAAAGGUGAAAAAGAUGCAGGAGGGGCUCUGGACAGUGGUUACAUGUCAAUGUUGCCUGGAGUCACAUCUCCUCCUGUUUCACUCUCUCUGUCUAUAGGUAUGUACGAUACUGGUGCUAAACUUGGGGCAGAUGAUGAGUACAUGGCUAUGACCCCCAAUAGCAGCGUGUCCCCCCCUCAGCACAUGCGUCAGCCCAGCUCAGAGGGUUACAUGGUUAUGUCUCCCAACAGCAGUAGUUCCACAGACCUGCACAGACUGGGCAUGUGGGAGAGCAGGGCCAGUAUGGAGAGCCGAGCUGUCAGCGACUAUAUGAACAUCUCACCCAUCAGUAGCCACUCUGCCUGCAGCACGCCACCAUCCCAACCCGAGCAGCACCAACUUCAACCAAAAAUGUUCAACUCGUACUUCUCCCUGCCACGAGCCUAUCAGCAUACCCUCUACACUCGCUUUGAGGAUGACUUAGACAAAGGAGAAGAAAUAAAAGACAACAGUGGGCAUGAUGGCGCUGGAAGGGGAGGGAGAGUGGGCUACAGCAAGAGAAACAAAAUUGCAGUGGGCUCUGCAGGAGGCUGCCAACUCUCCAUGUCUUCCUCUUCUUUCUCCUCUAGUUCCGCCAGCAGUGAAAGCCUUGAAGACAAGUCUGUGUCAGCAGGGAGAGGGUUAAGUUUGUUAAGAACUGGAGCAGAAUGCAAGAGUGCUGAAAUAUGCACCAAAGAGGGACGUCACCACCAAAAACGUGGAUCAAGUAGUAAGAGCCCAAAGCAGCACAGGAGGGGGCGUCCCCUGAGCAUGUCUUCAGACAUCACAAAAGCAAAUACCCUACCCAGGGUGAAGGAGAACCUCCCCCCAUCAGUGUCUCAGAGUGUGGAUGAGUAUGUAAGCAUUGUCUUUAAGGAAGACAAUAAAUAUGAUGAGGGACGAUGUGCGGGCUCUCAGCAUCGACAACCGGUUAUCCACGCAACCUUACGGCCCUCAAAUCAACCACUCCUCUGUCAUGAUAAUCCUGCUAACCUUCCCCGCAGUUUCUCUGCACCACUUUCCACCUCUGCUGAGUAUGUCAACAUGGAUCUAGGGAAAUCCUCAACACCCCAGACUCAUGUUAGAUCCACAUUCAGCACCCUACAGGGCUCACCAGCUGUUGCCAGUAAGACCCGACAUGAACACAGCACAUCCUCUCCUCUGGCAGCGGAGUUAAAUGCAGGGUACCGAAUAAAAAUCAAGUUGCCAGCAGAUGUCCCCACUCCAUUUAUCGACAGCAAAGGAUCAGAUCCCAACAUUUCAGCAAGACCUGCCAUCCACCCUGGUCCACCCUUAUCUGUAGAGCAGGAAAUGAGUUUGAGUUCUUCCCCUGUAAAGUCCUUCCGGUCUCCUGACCGGGGUAGCAGACUGGUCCAAGGUGAUCAGCAGGGACACUUGAGCCACUGUUCAGAGACUUUUAACUCACCACCAUCUUUACCACGAUAUGCAUCGACUUCUACCUCCCUGUUCCCAGACGGCAGCCAGACAGUGAGCAAUCGGCAGGGUCUGGACUGCUCACUGUGGGAGAGCGGGCAGGCUGCUGGUUUGUCUGCCACACCUCCACCUCAAGCCCCCACCUUAUCCACUGAACAAGGCCUUAACUACAUAGACCUUGACUUAGCCAUGAAGGAGGACCCUCAAGCAGGAGUGGAGCACGCCUCUCCGGUCUACAGCUCCGGAGGAAGUGCUUUGGGGAGCAGUGCUGGCUCUGGACCCAACACUUACGCCAGUAUUGAUUUCUACAAGUCAGAGGAACUAAGAACAAACCAGAAAAGUAGAAAAGAUGGUCAAGACUGCUGAUCGUUGCCUCGGGUACGAGUGUGACGCCGGUGAGACGGGUUGACUCGUGAGCGACGUCCCGACCUGUUGGCACAACAGAACCCAACGCUGGAGUCUGAACACUGAAAGCCCUGAAGUCUCCUCCUCAUCCCGUCUGCUGAUUUCUGUCAACCAAAUGUGUGCCAAACAAACACACACACACACAAGACACAAAACUUAAGGAAAAGAUUUGGUUCGUGGACUUUGUUUAAAAAAAAAAAAAAUAGACAUUUGAUUUUUGUUUAACUUCGUACAGACGAGGCAUGACUUCACGGAGAUAUCGUGUUGAUUGCUGCUCCUCUCUGAAACGUCCUCAACACAUCUGUUUUAACACGACUUUCAGGGAAUGGCACAAAAGGCAAAAAAAAUAAAUAAAUAAAUCUGUGUAUCUUAGUUUAUCCUGCGAGUGAGCCAGUUUGUCAGCGUUUGGUGACUUAAGGCUGGAGAAGAAAAAAGGAAAUGGCAGCUGCUAUGUUGACACAAUCUCAGCAAAGUUUGGGGAUUUAAUUAGUGUUUUUAUUCUAGUAUUUAUUGCCUUUUAUGUCUCAUCCUCAUUUGUAUGCAAAUUAAAUGAUCAUCACAUGUCGUUUUGACUCAACUAAG